UUAUUGGGCUUUGUUGUGUUGUGCAGUACUGCCACACUUGCUUUAGACAAAUACUGCAUUUUGCGAUGAGGCCAACCAUUUAUAAACACAACAGUUGUGCUUGAGGUCGCAGGGGGUACAUAACUUGUCUACGUAACUGCUUUAUCGUGAUUAGCUGUAAGAACAGAUAUUGCCUUCCUAUGCAACAGUCAAUUACAUGGCAGUAGGGGCGUUCGAUGGGUCGGAGAGGAAGGACCGGUUGGGGGGAGAAAGGAGAAGGACAGCGCGCGCACGCUUUGAUUCUGAUUACGGCAUGUAGCCGCAAGCCGCAUGUUGUCAAUUGUGUGUUGGAGUGUUGAGGAAUAAGGUGUAGUUUGGUAUAUAAGUUCAGUGACGUCAGACGUCGUGACUGUGUCGAAGGAGGAAAACGAAGAGUAAAGUAUACUGUUCUUCCUGGCACGUAUAGAUGUGGAAGGACGUUGUGUAAUGCGUAAAAGAUGGCUGAAACAUACGGUUCUCAGUGCAACACUGAGCUAGCGACACAUCAUCGUCCCUCGUGCUGAGAGCGUUGUGACUUCUUGAACCAGCACUGUCGCACUUGAGCGGAGGAAGGACGCCGAGUUGUCCGAUCUUCGGGGUACUGUGAUCAUGUCUCGGUCAGUCUAGAGCAGACGGAGCUGGGCUGUACUGGCACACACAUGGAGCUAGUCUUUGCUCUGGCAAGGGCCAAAUUUAAGUAAAGAAUUUCGUUACGAAAAUGAGGGGUUCAGCGGUUAUCCACGUUGAAAACAAUCACGAAGGAAUCAUUCCUCACACUUCAGAUGUAAUUGCAUUACUUCCGGUCGCUCAUCAGGCAGCGGCGGAACCUGAAAGUACAUUUCCAAGUUCAGCUCUUGUGCCCCGAACAGCUUCUCCACACCUUUCUCCGAAUUUAGAGGAUACCAGUCAAGAUUCGUUGACAUACGGAUACUUACAUCAGCAGUACAUACGAGCGGGUCAUCACAAGAGCACAAGUGCUGCCAGGUCGCUGAGGAACUUGGCAUGUCGACGAGCGAGGCAGACUGACGUGAAUGGCCACAGGCAUAUGAACUCUGGCUUGGGGCCACAGUUCGGAACAACAGACUUUAUGACUGCAUUCCGCAGAGGAACUGUACAACCACGGGAGCCGACGGUUAUGGUUGAACGCCUUGAAGUAGAAGUACAUAGAAAUGGUCGAAUUGUGCCUACCAGUAAUGGAAGUUAUCAUAUCCUGGACACAUCUGAGCCUGAGAGCUCAUCGGAUCUUUCUGCUCAUUCGAUUUGUGUGGACGAUGAAAUUGUACAUGCAUACUGUCCACUGGACCGUGUGAGUGUUGCAGUGAACAGUGUAGGUAGAGGAAGUGAGCUCAUAGAUGGUGCAAUGGAACGUAUAAGUAGUGCAUGCGAUGCAACCAGUUAUAGUGACGCUGUGAAGGAUUUUGACUGUGUAAGCGAUCUUAAUGGUGCAAACGUUCCUUUGCAGGUUCAGAAAACUACAUCUCGAAGUUAUUCUAUGAAUAACUGUUUAAAUAAGUCUACUCACGAGUCCAAAAGUUUCGAAAGAGAUCUUGACAUUAAUGCGGGUGAUAAUGGUGAUGCCGGUCUGAAAAAUGUUUCUGCAGAUCGCCAGGCCAUUCAGAGAGGUGCUAGAGUGUGCUGGCGACCAGUAUAUGAAGAUAUAAGUGAGCCUGACAGUGAUGUAGAUUCUGUAAAGAAUACUAGGAUUUCGGGGAUGGGAAAAGAUUGUUUGUUUUUUACACAGCAUGUGAACUUUGACUGCAAUAGGCCCAGAAACUCUCUCAGUCGACACAGGCACAGCGACCCAACAGAUGCAACACAACAUAAGGCAAAACCCCUGAACAAAAGACGGUACUCGGACCCUGGGGACUCUGCGAGAAAGAGAAAAGAGAAAGAAGAGAAACAGAAGAAAAGACACAGGAGAUGGUCGUUUAACACAGAGUCAGAUAUGUAUCAAACGGAUCACGGGGAAUCCAUGAAGAAACUCUACCUUAAUAGACUACUUCUUUCGAAGGAUGCGACAAUAAAGUCAUGGAAUAUUUGCAUUGAUAUAGCUCAUGAUGAACACACUACUGAGGAAUUUCAGUUUCCGGAGUUUCCUCUUCCCAGAAACAAAGUAGUAAAAGGAGAGAAGGAAGAAAAGGAGGAGAAAGAGGACGCAACCAUAAUUGAAAGGGACUCAUCAGGCAUAGUAGAUUUUGCCCGUGAAUCAAGUUCGGUUAACAAACAAACAAAGUCUUGGUACUGCUCGGGCUCAGAAAUUAAGCAGGAAAUGAAUGUUGAAGAUGGAGAUAAUGUGGCAGAAGAAUCCCCUGUCUCCGUUCCCGAAGUUAGGACUCCAGUUCCAGGAUCAGCACAUAACAAGUGGAUGGUUAGGUUUCCCUCAGGCAUUCGAAAUGAAUCCGGGGAACAAUAUGAGGUUCCAUCAGGAACUCGUAAGUCACAAUUCAACGAGGCCGGCGUUGGUGGCAAGAGCAGCCCUCGACCUCUUAAAAUAAUGGAACCCUUAGACUAUUCUUCAAAUGACACUUCUGUAGCUACAAGGGUUGAAAGAGACAAACGCGUUGAAGAUGUGCCAUAUAAUUUAGCUAAAAUUAUGAAGAUACAUGGAUGUUCUGCAUGCAUGUAUCAUCAAAACCCAAAUCUUGCAUCCAAACAAAUCAAAGGGCCCAGAGGACUUCCUGAAAAUCUUGAAAGUAAUGAGUGUAGGAAUAUAGAUUCAGAUAUGACAAGACACAGGUCUUCUCCAGAAUGUGCUUCAGGUGAGAAUCCUGACAGCACUCCAAAAAACGACAAGAAAAAUAAUCGGACUGCAGACUCACUUCUUCCUAAAAAUGAAGACGUGAACUCUGCAUCUAGCACGUGUGCCCAAACUGAAAAAGCUGUAUCUCUUAACAAUUUUGACUGUAAUCGAAAUUCUGAAGAACGGGGUUGUCGUUUGCAUAAAGAAGAAUGUUGUAAGUCGCAGAUUUCUAAAGAAGCAUUUUUUAGAAACUUGGGAAGUCAUCCACCGACUGCAUCAUUAAAUACGUCUGCUCAGGAAGAUGUUACUACGGAACAAAGAAUUUCCAAAAGCUCUGCAAACACCAGUAACACAAGGUCACACAGAGAGCCAAUAAACGAUCGCGAAGUAAAGGAGAGCGAAAAUUACGUCAACGAUCUGGACAAAGAACAUUCGAUAUGCAAAAACAACGUAGAGCAGACAGACAGGAAGCAUGGCGCUUGUUCGGAGAUCGAAAGUGCAGCCGAGGAUGUGAAAGAUGGCGGCGAAUCUCGCGAAUCUCGCGAAUCGACCAGUGGAAGGAGGUGCUCAUCACCGCCAAAAAUAGCAAAGAAUAAGAGAAGGAAAGCAAGAUUCGUUAGCACUGAGAGACUGCAACAUAGAUCGAACAAGGAGCCAUCCGGCAACAAUUCCAUAACUCGUAAAAAGUCACGUGGACCCAGAAAGCCGCGUUUCUCUCGUAGAAACUUUCGUCAUGAUAGCAUUCAAAUGUUUAAAGCAUCAACAGCUUUCCCACCCCAUAAUACUCUUGUACCGUGGCGUUACAAGUGUAAUAAGCCAGAAUUUCUUGAUCCCCUUAACAGUGAUUCUAUCAAUCUGCCCUCACCAGUUUUAAAACCUAUUGCCACUGAAACACAAUUUGAUGGCCGUGUUACCAACAUCGAAAUUCAAGACGAUAUUCCAAGCCCUGCAAGUUUGACUAUCGACUUAGAGGAGCAAAAUACGAAUGUAUCGGAAACGUCCAAUUUAGACGAAGAUGAAAGAAGCAGGAGAAAAAGCAACAGUGACGCCAUUGGUGCGGAUGGAGACCCAGUCACUUCUCUCACUCUUGGGAGAAGGAUGUCCUGCGAAGAGGGUUUGCCCGCGCUGGGCGAGAAACUAUCCCAGGCCGCAUCACCAGAGAAUCAGAGCGGAGGCAUAGACAGCGAGUCCAGUGACGAAGGACAGAGCAAAAAGAGACGGAAGAGAGUGAAGAAAAAGAAAUCAGAUGAUACAUCCGUCGUUGUUGACGUAAAGCAGAACGCGCUUACUGCCCAAAUGCAAGAGAAAGGACGCCGCUUAGCGCAGGAACUUCCAGGAUUCAACUGGCUCGAAGAGAAGAUUCGAAACGGAGGCGUGACUACAGUGCUGCCUCGCAAACGUCUCAGUGUUGCACCAUAUUCCAGGAGUAAUGUUGGGUCCGUUGUUGAUACUUCCAACACUGGCAUGACAGAAACCCCUUCAGAAGCCAUCAAAAACAUCCCAAGCCAUGUUCCCAAAAGUGUGUCGGACGCUGCAAGAAGUAGCGUUCUUCCUCCGUCAUCAAGUCCAUCGGAAUAUAGGCAUAGUAAACGAUUGCAAGAAUAUUUGCUAAGACCUCCUAAGAGGGCCAGACAUGUCUCACCAGCAGAAGCUUCUGAACUUGGAAGUCAGAGACAAGAAGUAGUACCUCCAUUGCGACCACCAACACAUCAGCAUGCAGAAGAACCAUCAGUACCACCGGCGUCAGCGCCAGUAUCUUCUCUGCAACGAACGCAGUUCCCUCAGCAGAAAUCACCAAGGCCAGUCCAACCUCCGAGCACAAUACCAGACCGGGAACAUUCACCACACCUGCAUCAUCAGUCUUCUAGGAGGCCUGUUAUUGUCUCAGCAUCAGAGCUUGCUAAAAAUUCAGAUGUCAGCCCAUUGAUUCAACAAUUAACAAGUGGUGGUGAGUUAGAAGUUACUCUUUCAACCCCUCCGACAUCAUCAUCAGCUUCGUCCGACUCUGGCGUCGGCUCGUCAUCUCACAGGACGUCGAGCGAUGCUGAACUGUCUGAAGUAAUGCAUGUUAGUAUUAAACCCGUACAUGCAGCCGUGACUUCUGCUCGAAAGGGACUGCAGUGUACUGAAGAAAGGCCCCGUGAUGCACGUUCAGAACAGUGUACUUCUUUUAGAAGGAUGAGUUACUGUGUGGAACAACUGUCUCAGCCCCUUCAUCCAGAAUCAGGCAGUUUCCUUCCUCGUGAUCCUGCCCCUCCAUAUGUUUACAACAGAGAACUACCAAGAUGGCAUGACGUUUCAGAUUUGCCAGCAAGGAAAGUCGAGGAGAGUACCGGUGGCCAUUCAGAAACACUGCUGUCUGCCCCACCCUAUGGCAAUCCAGAUAAAGCGUACUCAGAUCGCAUUGCCACAAUGGCACGCCAUGCAGCGACAUCAUUCGAUACAGGAUUUGGAAUGGGAGUAGCCAUGUCACAGGAGGCAUGUCAUCGAGUUCCAAGACAUACACAGCAAAGGCCAUUUGACUUGACACAUCAACCAACCAGCUACCAUAGAGAGAACAUGUUAAAAACAUCUGGAUACAUACCUCCUCUUGCUCCCCAGCCAGGAACGUUUGAUUCCAGGUUGCCACAGCAUGGGCUGUUUCAGCCUUCAUACAUGAUCCCACAGCGGCCAGUUAAGCCCCAGGUUGUGAGACCAUCAGCACAGUAUCCAGCUGGAAUGGGACCAUGUCGUCCUUCUCCUACCUACUUGCAAACACUGACAGCAGUGAAUAGCAGCCAGGGCUUAAUGCCGGGAAUUGCACAGUGCAGCAACAGUCUUAUUGCCCCACAGUCAAGGUGCACGUUUUCACCACAUUCACCCAAAACAGAGAUGAAUUCAACCGUAUUAUCAACUAACCAUCAAGUGCCAUCACCCCUCAGCAGCCCUGUACAAGAAAUGGCUCCAGAGGCACCGCAGGUGCUUUCACAAAAUUAUAAUCAUGCACACACUUCUGGUCUUUGGAGUGAAGCACAGGCUUCAGGUCCUGAGAAUCAAACGGACACUUCUGACCCAGGGAAUGAAAGAGAGAGUUUUAAUCAUCAUAAUAAAGCACAGGGUUCUAAUCCUGAAAAUAGAGUAAAGAGUUCUGAUCCUCUAACCAAAGAGAAGAACCCCCCAAAGGAUAUAGAAGAAAUCAGGAAGGCUGCUGUGGCUGCUGCAGAAGAACUGGAAAAAUUGGAGCAGCUGAAACAAACCACCAGAAUGAAUCUGCAGAGACUGAAAUUAGCUGAGGAGCAAGCAAUAGAAGAAUUGGCAAGAAAACAAAAACACACAGAGGAGGCUGUAGAAGUGCAUAAGGCAGGGAAGACUGUUCAACCAAGACCAGCUGUACCAAGUGCCACUGCAGCAGCAACCAUAAAUUCCACACCAAAAUUUCAGGAAAAACUUCCACUAUUUACACAUGAGAGGCAUCAGGUACCUGUUAUACAGGAUAAUCAUCAGUCAGCCCAAAGACCAAGUGAUAAUGCCGAUGAUAAUGGAAGUUCCACACAAGAAUUACAGCUAAAACUUCCAUCAGUCACACAGGAGAAUCAGAAGUCACCAACUGCCAGUGAGAGACAUGAGUCAGGAGCUACAUGUGACAAUCGUCAUUCAGAAGACAUGUAUGAAAAUCAUAAGUUAUGUGUUCCACAGAACAAUUUUCAGUCAGGAGUCACACUUUUGAUUAAACAGUCAGCAGCUGCACAUGAAAGUCAACAAUCAGGAGUUGCAUAUGAAAAUCCUCCAUCAGGAGAUGCACCAGAGGAUCUACAAUCCCCUGUUACACAUGAAAAUCAUCAAUUAGGAGCUUCAAGUAAGACUCAAAAGUCAGCUGAUGUUUGUGAGAAUUGUCAAUCAGGAACUGGCUGCAAGAAUCAGCAAACAUCUGGUGCAUGUGAAACUCACCAGUUAGAAGCUGAAUGUGAGAAUAAAGAGUCAGCACUUGCACACGAGUAUCUUCAAACAGGAUUUACACAUAAGACGGAUCUGAUAAAACAGAAGUCUAGUAUUGCUUCAGAUGGCACUGGAAAUGCAAUACCAAGAUCGAACAAAACGUUUCCAGCUGUUGUGCAGGUGAAUCAGGAGUCUGGAGCUACGUGCAAACCCAAGCCUUUAGAAACCACACGUGAGAAUCAUGAAACACAAGAGAGAGUGAAUAUCUCUUCAGACAGCACUAGAAAUUCUAUAUCAGGAUUGACUGCAGCUCUUUCAGCAGCUGUGCAGGAAAAUGGGCAGUCAGAUGUUGCCCAUGAGAAUAGUCAGACACAGCUGAUACCACAUUCUUCAAGCGCUGAGGGCUCCAUGCCAGAAUUGCAUACAACAAUUCCAAUGGCUGUAAGAGAAAAUAAUUUGGCACAACAUAAGUUGGAUGUUUCUUCAAACAGUAUUGGUAAACCUAUACCAGGAUUGAAUGAAACAUUUCCAGCAGUUGCACACAAGAAUCAACAGUCAGAUGUUGCAUGCAGGAAUCAUAAGACCCAAGAAGAACAGAAUGUUACUUCAGACAGUACUGGAAAUUCUAUACCGGGAUUGAAUGUAACAUUUCCAGCAGCUGCGCUGGUGAAUCAACAGCCAGAACUUGAAAACAAGAAUCAGCAGCCAGAAAUAUCACCCAGGAAUCAUAAGAUGCAACAGAAAGUAGACAUAACUGCUGACAAUGCCGGUAAUUCUGUAUCAGGAGUGAAUGUAACAUUUCCAGCAGUUGUAUUAGUGAAUAAAGAGUCAGGGGUUGAAGGCAAGAAUGGGCAGCCAGGAGUUGCAUGUGAACAUUAUAAGUCAGCAGUUCCAUGUGAGACUCAUCAGUUUGCUCAAAGACCAAGUACCAUUAUAGAUACUACUAGAAAUUCCAUACCAGGAUUGCACAUGACAUAUCCAAAAGUCUCAUAUGAGAAUCAUCAGUCAGAACAAAGGCUGAAUGCCACUGUAGCCACUAUAAAAAAUUCUGUACCAGCAUUGCUCACGUCACAUCGCACAGUAGGGCAUCAGAAUCGGGAACCAAUACAAAGACCAUUGUCUCCACAACCGCCACCUCUGCCAGCUCGUUCUCCACUCCCAGCACCGGUAUCACUUCCUCAACGACCAUCGCCUGUCCAAACGUUACCAAUGUCGCAUCAUAUAACACUUUCCCAGUCACAGUCAGUGCCUUAUCUCCAGACUCACACAGUGGUACUGCAUCCCCAUCAUGUGUCAAUAAAACAGAGCCCACAGCAUUCUCAUACUGUAACAGCUGUUCACCCACCACUUCCACAACUACAUCCUAAACUAUUUUCAGUACCUCUGCCAUCUAUACAUCCACAGUUUUCAUAUAUGCCUCGACCAACAUUAUAUCCUCAGCUGCCACCCAUGCCUCAGGCAGCCCUGCAUUCUCCUUCACUGUCUCAAAUAUCUCCACGUUUUCAGUUGUUACCAAACUCUCAGGCAUCUCCACAUUCUCGGUCAUUACCAGCAUCUCAGGCAUCCCAAUAUUCUCAGUCAUUAAUAAAGCCACAAACAGAUCCACAUAGUCAGUCAUUACCAGUUUCUCAGAUAUUCCCACAUUCUCAGGUUUUACCAUUAUCUCAGGCAUCUAAAAAUUCUCAGUCAUUGCCACUGCCUCAGAUAUCUCCACACUCUCAGUCAUUGCCAAUAUCUCAAGCACUUCCACAUUCUCAUUCCUUACCAGUGUCUCAAACAUCUCCACAUUCUCGAUCGUUACAAUUAUCUCAGACAUCUGCACACCCUCACUUGUCACCAGUGUCUCCAAUUUAUCCGCAUUCUCAAUCAUUACAGCUGUCUCAGACAUCUGCACAUUCUCAACCAGGGUCAGCAUCACAGCCAUUUCAUCAACAAAGAUUAAAAGUGCCUCUGCAUUCACCAUCUGGAACCCAACCAUUUCAGGUAUUAUCAGAGCAGCAGAGGAGUACAGAAAAUAUUCCACAAUCAUCUCCAGUGCAAAAAGAAGCAAUGCCUCCUCCAACUCUGAUACGACAACGUGUACUCCCAAAAUCGGCACAGUUAGUAGGCUCUCACAUACCUGUCUCUACACAUUCUACAAGUAGAUGCACAUCACAUCAAACUGCCUCUGUGCCAACUACUGUCCAUUCACGGCAGUCAGACCCUUACGUGAGUGUAAUUCCACGAGGCAGUGUAUUGGAACAGCCUUCAGUCAUAUCGCAGGAACCUCAUGUAGCCAUUACUUCAUCUUCAGCUUCUCUCAGUUUGCCCAGUAAUACUGUAGAAGAAUGUCCGAUUGACCUGUCCAUCUGUAAACGAAAGUCACUGAGUGAAGACAAAAAGAAAUCACCAUCUUCAGUCACAUCCACAGUUGUGCAACUGGACAUGAAUGAUGAACAGAAUGUUGCUGGUCUGAGUUCCUCAUCUCCCAAGCAUCAUCAAAGAACACAAGAUCAGCCAACAGACAUUCUUAACCCAACUCCAGAGGAGUGUAGUGUUACAAAUCAUUCUGGCUUGUUGCACCGUGACCAAAAGAUAUCACAAUCCCAUGUCUCACAGCAUGUACCAACAGAGAAUUUGAGGCAUCAAGAGCAGAUUCAAGCAUCUGAGACAGGUAAUAAAAGAAAGAUUCCUUCUCAUGUUACAUCAGUUUCAACAGCAAAUCUUGCUACUGAAAAUUAUAGAUUAGGAAUGAAACCUAGCAUUCAUCCAGUGACAGUACCAGGAAGUUCAGAUGGAAAAAAACGUUUUGAAACUCCACAUGAUCAAAACGUGGAUGAUAGUGUUAUGCAUAGACAGCGUGUGCAUGUCUCCACACAUCAUGACACAAUGCAUUAUUCCCACCAUCCAGUGUGCAGUGCACAUGGACCCGUACCACGCAGUGCAUACAUUCCAGUUUAUCAUGAAACAGUGUUUCAUGGUGUUCAACCAGAAGAGCAGCAGAGGGCUCAUAUAGCGGGACUCCACACUGCAAAUGUUGUAGCAUCUGACAGAGACAGAUACUGGUCAGCUGAUAAGCAGAUACCACCUACUGCAACAUUGACUCCAAAUUCAGUUACUGUAGAGGGUGACCACUACCAGCGACAGUCACGCUUAGUGUGUGGACGUUGCUGUGGGACUGCAAGGUUCAUGUGCUCUGCUUGCCAUAACCAAUGGUACUGCAGUUCUUACUGUCAGAUGCGACACUGGAGAUCUCAUUCUCUUAGCUGUCGCCGACCAACUACUGAAUGAAGACAAGUAGUUGCUCAACAAACAACUGCCAUGAUGUCUUUAACUUCUUUUAUAAAAAUAAAACAUAAUAUUAACUUUAAAAAGCCAUAUAUUUGCACAUAUUUCUGUAAUAAAAUGUUGAUUCUGAACAAAAAUUGAAAAAGAACGAUAAAAUUUUAUUUAACUUUAUUCCAAAAGAAUUUUACAAAUUGUGUCACCAUAAAUCACUCUUAAAGGGACUACUAUUAAAAGCGGUUGAGACUGUAUGACCAAACUGUGAUAUUGAGUACCUAAUAUUAAAUAGAAACAUUUUAAACUAGUCUCAGUAUGCCACUUUUAAUAAGAUUUCAACCAAAGUGUUCAUGUAUUAGUAUUAACUGAUUAUCAGUUUAUUUUUGUGUGUCACUUUUCCUUUUUGUUAAUACUGAUAUAAAGUUCAGAAUGUAUUGUUGUAAAUCUUUUUUUUGCAGUAUAUUAGUUAUGUGUGUUUCUUAUGUAGCUUUGUGUGUGCACUGUAGUAGAAGUGCCAUUGUGUUAUUUUAUGUUAUGACUGGAUACUGACAAGUUUUGAAGCGAAUAUAUCAGUAAGAACUGUUUCUGCAGUUAUUUUUUACAUUACAUUUUGGUUAUUUGUGUACAUUCAUAAGAGAAUCUGUAUAUAUUAAGUUCAACUUGCAUUUCUAUUAUAUCUUAGUUCCUACUUUUGUAAUACUGUGAAGUGGAUAGAUUUUUUUUUUAUGUAAAAGACUGAAAGUUAUGUUUGUAGUGUGGAGAGAGAUUCUGGGUCUUUCCCGUUUUAUUGAAAACGGACAUGAAAAAUUAAAAAUAUAGGUGUACUAAACAGUAUGUGGUGGCUGCUUCUGUCAUCAUCAUUUAUAACUCAGUGAUAUACAAUUGAUGUUGCACAGAUAAGUGCAAAAAAGAUAUGGCUCCAAGAUGUAUCUAGUCAUGAGCAUCCCAUUCCUAACGAGAAGUGUAAUAUUUCUCUCCCUCUGUUACCUAUAA